AAAGCAGCGUUGGUUCAACGUUUAACGUAUUGGUCACGUCAGCACGCUUUAAACGUCAUCGCGUUUUGUUAGGGCUCGGCGAGGUAAGAUGGCGGCGCCAGAAGAACAGGAAUUAUCUCAGGCUCAAACUGAAAAACUCCUCCAGUUUCAGGACCUGACAGGCUUGGAGUCAAUGGACCAAUGUCGGCGCACAUUAGAACAACACAAUUGGAACAUUGAGGCCGCAGUACAAGACAGACUAAAUGAGCAAGAAGGAGUUCCGAGUGUCUUCAACCCGCCACCCGCCAGACCGUUACAGGUCAACACAACAGACCACAGAGUGUAUAGCUAUAUUGUCUCAAGGCCACAGCCUAGAGGCUUAUUAGGUUGGAGUUACUACUUGAUAAUGCUUCCCUUCAGGUUUACGUAUUAUACACUUCUGGACAUAUUCAGAUUCGCCCUAAGAUUCAUCCGACCAGAUCCGAGGGGUCGUGUCACAGAUCCUGUUGGAGAUGUCAUGUCUUUUAUUCAAAGUUUUGAGGAGAAAUAUGGUCGAUCACAUCCUGUAUUCUACCAGGGAACAUAUAGUCAGGCUCUGAACGAUGCCAAGCGAGAACUUCGCUACUUGUUAGUUUAUCUUCACGGAGAUGAUCACCAGGACACAGAUGAGUUCUGCCGAGCCACGUUAUGUUCAGAAGAGGUACUGACCUUCAUUAACACAAGGAUGCUGUUUUGGGCAUGUUCCACCAGCAAGCCAGAGGGCUACCGAGUCUCUCAGGCCCUGCGGGAGAACACCUAUCCCUUCCUGGCUAUGAUCAUGCUGAAAGACCGCAAAAUGACAGUUGUUGGGAGACUGGAGGGCCUCAUCCAGCCUGAGGAUCUUAUCAACCAGCUGACCUUCAUCAUGGAGGCAAACCAGACAUAUCUCAUGUCAGAACGACUAGAGAGGGAGGAGAGGAAUCAGACGCAGGUACUGAGGCAGCAGCAAGAUGAAGCUUACCUGGCAUCCCUCCGUGCAGACCAGGAAAAAGACAGAAAGAAAAGAGAAGAACAGGAGCAGAAACGUCAAGAGGAGGAGAAAGUGCGCCAGAGCGUCCUUGCCGAAGAGAGGAGACGAAGAACACUGGAAGAAGAGAAGGAGCGCAAGUCUGAGUGUCUUCCUCCUGAACCGCCACUGGACGACCCAGACAGUGUCAAAAUAGUGUUCAAAUUGCCCAACGAUACCCGCGUGGAGCGGAGAUUCCUCUUCAGCCAGUCAUUGACGGUAAUACACGACUUCCUGUUUUCAUUGAAAGAGACCCCUGAGAAAUUCCAAAUAGUAACGAAUUUCCCACGCCGGGUCCUGCCUUGCCUUCCGACGGAAGAGCAGCCCAAUCCCCCGACUCUGAUGGAGGCCGGUCUGAGCCGGUCAGAAGUCCUCUUUGUGCAGGACCUCACAGACGAUUGACAUUUAGCUAACCCCCUGCUCACCACUCAAAGUCCCGCCUCCCCUCCAGUUUGUUCUUCUGUUUGAUGGCCUGGACGAGAGGUCUCUGAAAUAAACCUUUUACUGAAUUUAAAAAAGAAAAAACAAACAAAAAAAUAACCCAUACUUCCCUGCAGUGAAGUUUUGUUCUGUAAAAUGAGUGCAAGGUGAACGGCCCUGUAAAUAUAUGACCUAGAUAUUUAAGGACAAGCCUGGAAGCCACAACAGAGUUAUCUUUUUCUUUUCUUUUUUUUAAUGCAAAUCAAAGUCGACCAUAUAAUGUAUCUCAUCUAACGACCAAAAGAGGGUUGUCGGCAGAGGUUCCGAUGGGCUGCUUGCGGUUCAAGUGAAUUCAAAAAAGAAAACAAAAGGCCACAGCUUUUCUAUGUGGCUUUGUCUAUAUAGAGUAUAGUGCAAGUCUGCCCAUAGUGUGCCUGUGGUAAUUCAUAGAUGCCUAUGUUGCCUGUCGUCCAUCUGAUGGGUCUGGUCAUGUAAAGAUGUAAUUUUCCAAUUCUAAAUUAAACAUUUUAAAAUGUU